AUGUGUCGUUGGUUCACACUCUUUCUACUUCCCUACAUUAUUUUUCUUAUUUCGGCUCUGGAACAUGUUGAAAGGAACUCAUUACCACGACCCAUCCACCCAAGGCGACACAAAAGAGCUGAACAAGUCCGUCUGCCUCCUGUAUCGAGAACUCCCUUUGUGCUUUGGAAAAAUGAUCCAAAAUGCAUGAUUGACGGACGUGAUAUGAUGUCAUGUCCCAAGAAGAAUGCGAACGACCCAGAUGAGAGACUUAUAUGCAUUGAACCUCAAGAGUUAUGUGAUGAUCAUCAGGACUGUCUUGGUGGCGAAGAUGAAGCACCACACUUCUGCAUGUUCAAAAAAUUGGAAGAUGCAGAAGUGAGGCGACUCAAGGCGGAAAUCUACGCACUUGCUCAAAACAACAAUCGAAAGCAAGAACCAGUGUACAAGGAUGUUAUUGUGAAUAAUGAUGAGACAUCUGACGGCACCAAACAACAGGUCCGGCCUGGUGUAUUCAAGGUCAAUCACUUGGGACCAUUGGGUAAAUCCAAGAUGUACAAGAAUGCGGAGUAUGAAGACGAUGUGAAUAAAAGUGAAGAGGAGAGUGAAGAAGAAGAUGAGGAUGAAGAUGAAGAUGACGAACAAGAGCAAGAACAAAUUGAAGAUGCGGAAACAAAACGAAGAGAACAUGCUAAGAGGAGGAGAACUUACCGACAUUUAUUACAGUUGGAGGGAGUUAGAUUAUAA